AUGAUUUCCGGGGUAGGAGUGUCGCCCGAGAAGGGUCCGGGUAGAUCAGUCUAUCGCUACUUCUUUCAUGUCUACCCGGCAGCUGAUGAUUCAAACUAAAUAUUAAUUAAAAGGGUCAGCCUGCUCUGAGCUAAGCUGUGGGACUUGGAGCUGGUCAGCUCUCGGACUGGUUGCUGGCAGAGAUACCAGUAUGUCAGACGUCGGGAACCAGUCCUGCCUGGCCACAGCGGAAGAUUUUACCUCCUUCCUGCUGUGUGUCUUCCAUUCACUGGAGCAGUGGGCUGGACUGGGCAAGGCCGAGGAUUACCUCAGUGUCAUGGAGUACCUGCUGUGGGUCUUCACCCCUCUGGCUGUGGUCUUCAUCCUGCCCUUCCUCAUCGUCAUCCUCCUCUACCUCUCCAUACUCUUUGUCCACGUAUUUAAGAGGAAGAACCAACUGAAGGACGCGUACUGCAACAACCUCUGGGACGGCGCAAGGAAGACCCUGGCUACUCUCUGGGAUGGCCACGGCGCCAUAUGGCAUGGUUAUGAAAUCCAUGGCAUGGAGAAGAUCCCAGAAGAAGGGCCGGCGCUGAUCGUGUACUACCAUGGAGCCAUCCCCAUUGACUACUACUACUUCCUGGCCAGUGUUAUCCUCCAGAAGGGGCGCACCUGCCACUCGGUCGCCGACCACCUCGUCUUUAAGAUCCCAGGCAUCAAGCCCCUGCUGGAGGUGUUCAGCGUGAUCCACGGGCCCCAGGAGGAGUGCGUGCGGGCGCUGCGCGGCGGCCACCUGCUGGGCAUCUCGCCGGGCGGCGUGCGGGAGGCGCUGUUCAGCGACGAGACGUACCCCCUGAUCUGGGGCCACCGCCGGGGCUUCGCCCAGGUGGCCAUCGACGCCCAGGUGCCCAUCAUUCCGAUGUUCACGCGGAAUUUGCGGGAAGGCUUCAGAUCGCUGGGAAGGCUGAAGUUUUUCCGUUGGCUUUAUGAGCGGUUUCGACUGCCGUUCGCUCCGAUUUAUGGUGGCUUUCCGGUCAAGUUCCGUACCUACUUGGGGGAUCCGAUCCCGUACGACCCCAACGUAAACGCUGUGGAAUUAGCAGCUAAAGUGCAGCAGGCGGUGCAGUCGCUCGUGGACCGCCACCAGGAGAUCCCGGGCAACGUGCUCCGGGCCCUGCUCGAGCGCUUCCCCUCCAAACACAAAGAGGAGUGAGGGUCAGGGGUCAGCAGAGCGCUGCUGGGCCCUCAGGAACACAGUGAGGGUCAGGGGUCAGCAGAGAGCUGCUGGGCCCUCAGAAACACAACGAGGGGUCAGCAGAGCGCUGCUGGGCCCUCAGGAACACAGUGAGGGGUCAGCAGAGCGCUGCUGGACCCUCAGGAACACAGUGAGGGCACGUUGAGACCUGCACCAGCACUCACAAGAGGAGAAGAACAUUAUCUCACUACCACUUACAAGAGGAGAAGAAUACUAUCACAGCAUCACACUCACACUGACGAGAGGAGAACAGCAUCACACUCACACUGACGAGAGGAGAACAGCAUCACACUCACACUGACGAGAGGAGAACAGCAUCACACUCACACUGACAAGAGGAGAACAGCAUCACACUCACACUGACAAGAGGAGAACAGCAUCACACUCACACUGACAAGAGGAGAACAGCAUCACACUCACACUGACAAGAGGAGAACAGCAUCACACUCACACUGACGAGAGGAGAACAGCAUCACACUCACACUGACGAGAGGAGAACAGCAUCACACUCACACUGACGAGAGGAGAACAGCAUCACACUCACACUGACGAGAGGAGAACAGCAUCACACUCACACUGACGAGAGGAGAACAGCAUCACACUCACACUGACAAGAGGAGAACAGCAUCACACUCACACUGACGAGAGAGAAUCACACACAUACGUUUUAAAAUGUCCCUAAGUAGAACAGUGGUUAUCAAAUAAACAUAACUACUAGGGGUGUGCAUCGUUCCUUUAUAGGACGAAUUUGACCAAUCAGAUCGCUCGAAAUACAUUGUUUUUUUUCGACCAAUCAGAUAGCUCGAAAGAAAUAUGUAUAUCUUUUUUUUUUUUACCUUGAGCAUAGCUAAGGCUGAUCAUUGUACAGUAUUUAAAAUUAUGUGGGGGGGGGGGAAAACCUCAUUAUUUUCUAUACAUGUAACCCUUUAGAUCUUCAAAAUAUUACUUGGUGCCGAUCACUUUCGCUUAAAAUUAUAAUUUAUUUUCCACGAAAAUAUCCAUAUUCUCAAGACUGAAGUAAAUCCAAUACAUUGUGUAUAUGUUGUACUUCCAGGGGGUUGAAGCCUCUUUGGUUUUAGGCGUUUUAUUUUAUCCAACUUUAGUAAUGAUCAUCUCAAACAAGGCCCUAUAAGAAGGUCACGAGUGAAGCGCAGUGUCACUGCUGCUUGGCGUAGCAGUUCUGGAAGUGCAGUGCUUUCUGUCCAAUGAAAGCGACAACUUUGCAGCUACACUCAGACAACCCUAGCACGCAGUGGGCUGCACGUGUUAGCUAUUGAAGGGAUUCGGCAAUGGGCUGUUUGUCCCCUUGGUAGCAGUUGAUGGCAUGUUCUUUGACUUCUGUCGGGAGAAUGUGCAACGCUGAAUGAAGAGUAACCUAGGGUAAGGAAAUGGCCGUAAAUAUAUUUGGCUGUAUGCAUCAUUGGUUAUGAAUAUGUAAUGGUUUGUCUGUGCAGUGUAAUGUGUGUUGAUGCAGCUUUAGAUGAACCUGUGUUGAACUGGUGUGUUGCCAUGUACAGAAUGUAUUGAUCAAUUGGUCAUGUUUGCGCCAAGGUGUUGUUUUGCCACUGAAUUGUAUUGUGGUGUAUAGUGUUUGUAUCUGGCUGUAUAUUUCUAUUCCUUUUAUUGAACUACUCUGAUUCUACCGUUUUUGCCUACUUUCAAAUUGAACUGCCAAUGUUUGGUUUAUUUAGGGUAAAAUCGUUUUAUGCCUUUUUUUAUGUGAAAAAUAUUUUUUGUCAAUUACAAAAUAUUUAAAUGUUAUACAUGUGUGACAAAAAAAAGCCUGUCUAACCCAUCAAUUAUUUAUAUUUUUUGAGAUUUUUCAUUAAAUGUACUGUCAAAUGAUGUAAUAUACACUAUUUGCACUUUCAAAAAUCGGAGGUCCAAUUGCAAACUAUUGCGAUCCAGGACUGUGAAGUCAUCCUGAAUAAAUAUAUUUUACUAUGA